AAACACCUCACCGCGGCGCCCCAUAAAUGCGGGCGGCGGCACGGGUUGCACUUGCACAGUGGGGUCCCGGGGUCGCCCCACCAUGAGGCUGCUGGUCGUCUCCAGGCUGCUCUGCAUCAUCCUCCUCUGCUUCUCCACCUUCGCCGCGGAAGGGAGGAGGCUGUCCCAGCACGUUGGCAAGCCCUGGAGUGGCAGGCUCUGCUGCACCCGAGCUCCCAGGCUGGUCCUGACGACCCAGACAGCAGCGCUCACACACCCCACACGCAGGGCUGGAGAGGAGGGAGCAGGGCCCGGGGCAGCUCUGCUCCCCACGGAGCCUGGAGGAUGGGCCCAUGAGACCAAACCCGGGAAGAGAGAGGCGUCCGGCUCCAGACCCGCCCCUGCAUGGACUCAUCCACGGGCCGUAAGAAGAGGGCGCCCCGUCAGGAUCUGCAGACCGUGUAAGUUCAAGCCGGAGCCCCACAAGUGGGUGGUGCCGGGGGCUCUCCCGCAAGUCUAAGGCCCCCCGACACGGCUGCACGCACGCAGCCCAGCCGCUCACGCCCAGUGGCUGAGGCGCCCAGAGGCCUCGCAUCUUCCAGGAUGCACCUCUUGCUGCUGGGCCCGAUAGCAACGACGUCAAGAGCGUUGGCCCAUGGAAGCUUCUGCCGGUGAACCACGAGCCUCUUCUCUUAAAGAUGCACCAUGUCUUGCCUGCCAGCCUGGACUGUGCCCAUACUGCCUUUUAGAAAAGCCUGAACCAGAAUUUUCUGGAAAUCAUGACAUGAAUACAAAGGUCCAAACUCUGGAA